AUACUAACUUUCCGUUUCCGGAAUUACAUGCCAAAAGAGCCUUUUGGUGAUUUGCGUAUUUUACGACAAAGAAAAUUAAACAGUUAGACGGCCUUUCUGUGCAAUAAAUCAAUUAUUUUUGGUAGUAACGAAAUUAGAGUCGACUUAUACACAAUAUUAAAUAAUAAUGUCGGAUGAUUCUCAAGGAACAAACUCGCAAGAGUCGUCCAACAGACAGCAGAGUGGUCUACUGGGUUUCUUGAUGAGAGACAAAAUAUCCUCAGUUUUGUGGCUAACUCGAAUAUUCACAAUAUUUUUCACACUGAUGUAUUUUAUACCAAUCAUAGGAGGUCAUCCUGUUCAACACUACAAUAAAGCUUUACUAGCGGCUGGAGCGACAUCAGCCCUACGAUUACACCAAAGGUUGCCUAGAAUUCAAUUCAGUAGAGAAUUCGCUGGGAGACUUUUUGCGGAGGACUCUGCACAUUAUCUAUUCUUCGUACUAAUAUUUAUGAGCAACAGUCCGUUCACAAUGGUCUUGGUACCAAUCUUUCUUUUCGCUCUCCUUCAUUCAGCAAAAUUUACCGUGGAUUUGAUGAACCAAUCCGGACCUAAUUCAAUGCCUCUUAUAAGAAAUCUAUUAACCAAAUUACAAGCGCAACAAGUCUCUAUAUUAAGAUUUAUUGCGGUAACAGAAAUAUUUCUAAUGCCUUUAGUCGUCUUUAUGAUAUUCAGCGGGAAAGCUAUGAUUUUCCUUCCAUUCCUCUACUACCGAUUUUUGUCGCUAAGAUACGCCUCCGUUAGGAAUCCAUACUCAAAACAACUCUUUUACGAGUUAAGAAUUACGGCUGAGCGUUUGGUUUACGAUUAUCGUUGUCCUGAGUUUAUUAGGAAAUUUGUCCAUAAGUUUAUUGCGUUUGUCAUCUCGCGAGCUCCAGCACCAUCUCCCGCCCCUACCAGUAAUUAA